CAAACUCAUCUAUAUACAGUAUCCGUAAAAUUCCUUCGCCGCAAUCAAAGGGAAGUAAAAAUUUUUCACCAAGUUUAAUUCCAUCAAUUUCCGAGGAUGACUCUGAGGAGCUAAUACUAGAUAAUAAAAAUACUAGUAGUAGUGAACACAAUGUAAAUAAUAAUAGUAAUAAUAAUGGUAUUAAUCAUAAUAGUAGUAAUGGUAAUAAUAAUAAUGAUAAAAUUAAUGUAAAUAGUAACAAUAGGGAAAUGUUUGAAAGUAAUUUCGGUGUUGAAAGCACUAAUAAUAGUAAUGAUAGCUCAACAAUUGGUAUCAUGGUUGAUAAUAACAACAACAACAACAACAACAACAACAACAACAAUAGUAAUAAUAAUGAAACAAAUAAUAAAAUUAUUUCAAAUAAUAAUAGUAACCAACACCACCACCACCACAACAGCAAUACUAGUAAUAGAGAGAGGUCACCUUCGAAUAGUCAUAACUAUAUAAUGAUACAAUAUCAUAUUAUUGAAAGUUACUUAAAGAGUUUUGUUCAUGGUAUGGGUGAAAGAUGGAGUUCAAAAAUUCAGCAAAUUAAAGAUAUUAUCACCAAUUUAUAUACAAAUCCAAUUGACCUAAGAUUCGAUGAUUUGGACAUUGGUAGUAUCGAUGAAGAGUCAUUGUAUUCACAUUCAUCAAGUGACAAGUUAUUGAACACCUAUUCAUUGGACGAGUUGAAGCGUUUCAUGGAAAAGUUUGGUAUAAUACAACAAUUAAUAGAAAGAAAUUACCAUAAUCCUCAAAUUGUUUUGGAUUACUCUGAUCCAUUUGUUCAUAGAUUAGAAGUUAUUGCAGAAUAUAAAAAUACUGCAUCACAUGAUCCCCAUUUAACUACCACAACUACCAAUGUAACAACAGUUAAACCAACAACAUCGAUUCAAACUAAAAAGAAUUAUACACUCAUUGAUAUCUUUGUUAGAAGAAAGGAAAUCAAUGUUUACGAGCUAUUGGAUGAAAAGAAAAAGCAUGACGAUGGCAUCGACAAAGGCCAAACUGGUCCACCACCAGUUGUAGAUUCAAGAUAUAUUCAACAUUUUAAAUUAAAUGGUGAUUUGUUUGAAUGGAAAGACAUAGUACCCACUCAAAAUGUUAUUCAGCUUAUCGAUUUCCCAAUUAAAGCAACUGCUAUUGAAUGGUUAUGUUUACAAGACCCAAGUAGAUCAUUUAAUGAUUCAAGACCACCAUUACCCGGCCAAUUAUACCCUGGUUUGGGUGUUACAAAACAAAUCAAUAAUUUAUUGGUCCACUUAGCUACAAUUCAAAACAGAGAUUGCUUAUUAAAUAAACCAUUUAGAUUUUAUAAUGCUUUUAUGUAUCAAACCAGAGAAUAUUUUUAUAUAGAUCCAGCUAUUCAAGCAAUAUUUUUAAGUCUAUUAUUAGAUUUGGAGGCAGAUAUUAGUAAAUUUGGAUUGUCACCAAUUUCAUGGGCAUUUGAAUUUGGUUGUGUCAAGGAAAAACAAACUAAUAGAAUCGUAAAAUGGGAAUUUCAUAAACAAGUUAGACCAAUAUCAAAUAGAAUGUAUAAUUAUUUUAAGAGUAAAUUAUAUACUUCAUCAGUUCAAGCAAAUAUGAGAGAACGUGGUACAUUCUAUAUCGAUUGGUCAGGUCAUCCAUCACUUUCUCACUUUACCCACACCACUGUUGAACAAAUUAAAGAAUAGAAAUUAAGAUCUCAGUUCAUUAAUUUUUUUUUUUAAUUAAUAUUACCAUUUUUUUUUUAUAUUAAAAGAAAAUCAGUCAAUCAAUCAAUGAAAUAAAUAAUUUUUAAAAAAACAAAUAAAUUUAUAAUAUUUAAAUUAUUAAUAAUACUAUAUUUUUAAAAAAAGAAAAAAAGAAAAAAUAAUUGUUGUGUAAAUUUCCAUAGGUUUAAAAAUUGUUUAAUAAAUAUUAAUUUUGUCUAAACU